AGCGCGGCGGGUCGCGCUCACCCUUUCCCGCGCUCCACUUGGCGGCUAGAGCGCGGCCAAUCGGCUUCCGCAGUAGAGAGCAGCCGUCCAAUGAGACAAAGGGACUCGGCACCCCGCGGUCCCUCGGUCAGACGCACAGCCCGCUUACCCGGAAGGCGGGACUCCCGGCUGGAGGCAAGGGUCCCCCCAAAGUCGCGCGUGCAGGCGAGUGAAGGCUAGGUCUGGGACGAACUCUUCUCUUCGGUUCUCUGCUGUUGAAAAAGUAUCCCUGUGAGGAAAGAUAGAAGAGAAAAGUAUCCCUGUAAACAAACCAAAAAACCAAGCAGCAACUAAACUUCUUGACUAUCUUCCCAGUGUUUAGAGUGAACUGUCUAUUCACCUUCAAACCAUCAUGAGCCCUAAAAAGCUCAGGUCACAGAUCGCAUUCGAUGAGAAGAGAAAUAUGAAAAUUGAGCACUAUUUCUCUCAGGUCAAUAAAAACCAGAAUAAUUCCGAUAUUCCUCAAAUGAAGAUGGGUGCUAGAAAAUGUCCAAAAGAUAUUUUGGCUCAAGGACCCAAAGACCAGACCGGGCCCCCAAAGAAGACAAUUUACAUCACCUUGGCUGUGAACUCUAGAAAACACGUGCUCACACACAGUGAUGGGGAUAGCUUAUAUGCAGCACUCAACACAUUAAAGGCUGUCAAGAAGGAAAUAAAAACUCAGCAGGGCAAAGAGAUGCUGGUGCGUGGCAUGGAAGGCAUCGAAGGAUACAUCAAUCUUGGGAUGCCCCUCACUUGCUUUCCUGAAAGCUGCCACGUGCUAAUCACAUUUGCCCAGAGUAGAAGUAGACAGAAAGAAGGGAGCCCGGUAUUUGGCCGGCAUGACAAGGUAUCCCCUGACUGUGUCAAAUUUUAUAUUCAUGUGAUUGGGAAGAGAAAGAAGAGGAUAGUCAAGCGCUGGCAUCUUCACAAAGAAGGGUGCAAACUCUGCUAUGCUUUCAAAGGAGAAACCAUCAAGGACGCAGUGUGCAAGGAUGGCAGGUUUCUCUCCUUUCUGGAGAAAGAGGACUGGAGACUCAUCAAAAACCAUGACUCCAUUUUAGAAAGCACGCAGACUGUUGACAACCUAGAAGGCAAGCUCUUUGAAAUUGAAGUUGAAAAAAGAACGCGCUUUGGAGCAGGAGCUUCUCAAAAUUUGGAGUCAGAGAAACGAAACACCUCUGUGUUGAGAGAAGAAAUUGUGGCUCAGUACCCCAGUUUACAGAGAGAAAGUGAAAAAAUCAGAGAUAACUUCAAGAAAAAAUUGGAAAAGAAAAAGAACAAAACUUCAUUAUUUAAACUGCAUAAAGUAACCUUUGGGAAACUGACAAAAAACUCUACUCCAGUUAAAAUGCACAAACUUCUUUCUCAUCUCGGUGACUCAGUUGGGUACCUGUCGUGGGACAACAGUGGGAAUAGGGGUUCUGCCACCUGUUUUGUUUUUAAUGAGUUGUUCAUUUUAACUUGUCGACACGUGGUAAGUGACAUUGUGGGAAAGGAAAUAGACCCAAAUAGGUGGGCAGACAUAAUUGGUCAGUGCGUAAGAGUGACGUUUAGUUACGAAGGGCCCCCUGAGAAAGAAGAGAACUGCUUUUUCGUUGAGCCUUGGUUUAGGGUAUCUGAUGCCACUCUCGAUUACGCCGUUCUGCACCUGAAGGCCAAUGGACAGCGGGUACCUUUGGGACUCUAUUCUAGAGUUGCUCCUGCGCCACCUAGUGGGCUCAUCUAUAUCAUCGGCCACCCGUAUGGAGAGGCAAAGUCUAGCGAUGCUUGCACUGUGAUCCCUCGGGAGCAGCGAGCGGAGAAAUUUCAGGAACAUCCUCAGCCUAGAGGGGGAGAGGGUAGCAAUGAUGACAUGCAAUAUAUUCAUAUGUACACUCAAAGAAGCUUCGAGAAAAUAGCUCACGAUCCUGAUGUGAUUACCUAUGACACUUCUUUUUACUUUGGGGCUUCUGGCUCCCCAGUGUUUGAUGCAAAAGGUUCAUUAGUAGCCAUGCAUACUGCUGGCUUCACUUAUAAUCACCAGAUUGGGUUAUCUCAUAUCAUUGAGUUCGGCUGUACUAUGGAAUCCAUCCUCCUUGAUAUGAAGCGAAACCAUGGGCAGUGGUAUACAGAAGAAUGUAUAAAUCAGCCAAAUACAGAACAAUGUGUCCAUCUGCAAGAUGUGGAAAUGGUGAGUGAUGAGGAUUGAAGAUGGUGAGAAUUCAGUCUAUUUACUCGCUUCCAGGGGAUUACCCAUGGAGUUGUUAUUCCACAGGCAAUGGUGAUCAUUCCCUAAAUUCCAAAAUGGUUACUUUUGUUUAAAAAAAUUGCCGUUGUAGAGCACUUCUUACGCACCACUUCUCUAAAGACAUGAAGACUAUAAUCCUAACACGUGGGCUGUUAACCCCCUUUUAAAGUCAACCAAUGGGAAGAACGAUGGGAUUGUGACACUAACGCGCAUGUGCAUGUGCGUGUGGGUUUUCCGUGUCUUCUGUGCCUUCCCCUAAAUUCAGUCGCUUGAAGGCAGUAUCUAACACAUGUUCAUCUCUUUAUCCCCAGUGCCUGGAAGAUGGAAAGUAAAUGCUUAGAAAAUGUGUGGGUCAAUCUAUAGCACAAUUUUAGGGCUGCUGUUCAUCUUAUGUGAGGAACUAAAUGCUUGGUUAGAAAUAAUCUCACACAGAAUCUUUAGGAUUUCGGAAAUCUUCAUAUUACUAAAACUCAGGAUGCAUGUGUUCUGAAAUUCAGAGGGUAAAACAUUAUUCUUGUAUUGAUUAGUCUAUUCCGGCAAAGAGAAUAUCGUAAAGAUCCUAUCACUGUGAUCUUAAGUCCUUGGUUUCUACCUUUUCUGUUCAAGAUCACAUAGCACAUUACAUUUAGCUGUUAAUGUUUCUUUAGGCUCCUCUUGCCCGUUGCAAUUUCUCAGACUUUGACUAGUGACCUUGACAGUUAGAAAGAGUACUGCUCAGGUGUUUUGUGGGAUGCCCUUCUGUUGGAAUUUGUCUGAUGAUUAGCCUGGGGUUGUGGGGUUUAGAGAGUAAGACCAGAGGGGCAAAGUGCCUUUUCACCAUAUGACAUCAAGGGUUUGCAUAUCCCUUUGACAUAUUCUCAUCAGUGUGUUGUUUGUUUCCUGUUUGUUUGUUUGUUUGUUUGCUUGUUUUGAGCAUUUUCUUAUGCUGUGGUCCAGGCUCUGCUUGUAAAUUUCCUGCCCCAGCCCUAGAAUCAGCCAUUUCUCCAAGGAGCCCUGGAGAACAGUAUUAGAAACCAAGAUCUGGGUACUAAGUAUGCUUGUUGCUAUUGGGUGCUCUUUCUUUUAUGCUCGCUCAGCAGAUGGAGAAAAGAAAUAUGUGUGUGUCUAUUAGCUUCUGUACAGUCAUCCUUCCCAGCUUAUUCUUGAUCUUGCUUUCUGGGGCUCCGGUUUCCUGUGGUCAGAUGAUCUUCCUUCUGACUUAUCCCUAGAAGGUCAAUGAUAGCCUAACGCUGGGUGACAUCACCUAGGUCAGCCAGCUCAUUUCCUCCCAUCAGGUGGGCAUUUUACCACUUCACGUCAUCAUAACAAGGAGGAGGAGUGCAGUGCAAUAAGGUAUUUUGAGAGAGGGAGAGAGACGGCAUUCACAUCACUUUUAUUCCAGUGUAUUGUUAAAAUUGGUCUAUCUUCUUAUUAGGGAUUGCUAGUCUCUCACCGUGCCUCAUUUAUACAUUAAACUUCAUCAUAGGUGUGUGUGUAUAGAGGAAAAAACAGAGCAUAUUCAGGUUUCAGGCAUCCCCUAGGGGUCUUGGAAAGUGUACUCCGCAGAUAAGGGGGAGGGCUGCCGCAGGUACCACGUAUCUGCAAACAUUCCUACGUCUGACUGUCUGGAUGUAUCAUAAGCUGAACAUUCUUACUGAUGUCUCCCACUUCGGUCCAGUCCCACAUGGGUCAUUUUCGCCUCCUCCCUUGCUCAUCUGUGAACUCCCAGUCCAACAGGGAGGCUCCGACCAUCCUUGACCCACUUAAUUGUUCAAUUCGGUUUUCAUGCAAAGCGGCAUCAGAAUUGUUCACCUGUACUAGUGGGAGGAGGGGUUGCGUGGUCAAUUACAGGGCAGUGUGUAUGUGCCAUCUCUUUGCCUCUAGUUCUUAGAGACUCACUCCCAAAGUGACUGGGGUCAGCACCUGUCCUUCCACACCCUGCAGCGAGGUGUUUUGCAGAUUUGCAGUGCAGUUGGAGUCUCUUGUCAUGUCUUCACUCUUUCCUCUCACCUCCCAGCCUAAGUGACGUUUAAAAUUUGCAUAUCUUGGGCAACCGACUCUUGGUUUUGGCACACGUCCUGGUCUCUGAGGGGUUUCGGGAUCGGGUCCCAAGUGGGGCUUUGCGCUCAGAGCUGAGUCUGCUGGAGGACUCUCUCCUUCUCCCUCUGCCCCUCCCCCUGCUCAUGCUGUCUCUCUCUAAAAAUGAAUAAAUGAAUAAAUCUUUUUUAAUUUGCGUAGAUCAAGGUUCACUGUCCAUGCUGUGAGUUCUGUGGUCUUAACAAGUGUAUAAUGUCAUGUGUCCACCAUUACAAUGUUGUGCAGAAUUCUUUCACAGCCUAAAAGUCCCCCUGGUUUCACCCGCUUUUCCCUUCCUCUCCCCUGCACCCCUUGGGGACCACGGAUGCAUUUACUGUCUUUAUAGUUUUGCCUUUUUCCAGAAGGUCCCCAGAGUAGAACCCUACAGUAGGCAGCCUCUUGAGCUCGACUUCUCUCGCUGAGCAAUAUUCAACGAAGGUCGCGCUGCAUCUUUUUGUGGCUUGAGAGCUCAUCUAUUUCUGCCACUGACUACUGUUCUCUUGUGCGGAUAUACCACCGUUUGUGUACUCUUUCACCUGUUGGAAGAUAUCUUAGUUGCUUCCGUGUUUGGCGAUUAUGAAUAAAGCGGCUCUCAGCGUUUGCAUACAAA